CCUCUGCCCUCCUCCUCUGCAGGGAUGGGUCCCGGGCAGCUCUACAGCUACCCAGCUCGGCGCUGGAGGAAGAAGAGGAGGGCGCACCCACCUGAAGACCCCCGGCUCGCCUUCCCCCCGCUCAAAUCAGUGUACCCCGAAACCCUCUCUCCGCCUCCGCAGCGGAUCCUGGAGCCCGACGACUUCCUGGACGACCUGGACGACGAAGACUACGAGGAGGACACCCCCAAGCGGCGAGGGAAAGGCAAAGGGAAGGGCCGGGGCGUGGGCAGCGCCCGCAAGAAACUGGACGCCGCCGCCGCCGCCAUGGAGGACCGAGACAAGCCCUACGCCUGCGACAACACUCACAAACAAAAGCAUAUUUCAAAACCUUCUGAACGAGGUAUAUUUCUCUCUCAUCCCUCCUUUCCCCUCCUCCCCCCCCUUGUCGGCUCCUUGCCUGUGCUUCUUCCACCUCGAUUCCUCUGCCGGCCCGCGGGAUCCGAACCGGCAACCUCCCAGCCACAGGCGCAGAUCCUCAGCCACAGAGGCCCCGCUGUGCCCAAAGAGAAGGAGUUUGCCUGGCCCGACCAGCUGCUGUUUUGCGACGACUGUGAUCGAGGCUACCACAUGUACUGUCUCAGCCCCCCCAUGUCAGAGCCCCCCGAAGGGAGCUGGAGUUGUCACCUGUGUCUGGACCUCUUGAAAGACAAAGCCUCCAUAUAUCAGAAUCAGAACGCGCCUCCGUCGUGAUGGGGGGGGGCCCCCGUGACUUCCCUCGCCUACAGAUCCACGCAGGGGGGAGGGAUGGGAGGGGUGGGGGGCCGCGCCCAG